AUGGAGGAACACCAAGAGGAAUACAAUGACCAGAAAAUGGAGGAGUUGAGGGAAAAGUAUCCAAACUAUGAAGAAAUGGAUAUAGAAACUUUAGAUAGUGAAUUACCGUACCUUGACAAGGAUCUUAGGGAAAGCGAAACUACUGAGGAGACCCAGGAUAUUAACGAGGAAAUUAAUUACAUACAGGAACUGAGGAGGAGAAAAAUAUUGGAAAUAUAUGAAAGCAAAGACCUUACGAGAGAGCAAUUAGCUGAGAAAUUCCCUGACCUAUCUAAUCUGUCAUACGAUGAUCUAAUGGAUAGGGGAGACAGACUGUUAAAUGAAAUAAUACUAUCCAAUUUGGACGAAGACAGUUUCAAAGAAAAGUCGGAAGAACUGAGAUACGUCAGAAUGCUAUCAAAUGAUUACCAAAGAGAGUCAAACUUAAAUAAACUUCUCAACUUAAGAGAUAAGGUGAAAAAGAGGGAUCUCAUUAAACGGGACGAUCGUAGGAGACUGCAGAGGCUCAGGCUAUGGGCAAGGGAGAAUGCAGGCAUCUUAUCAGCUGUUCUAAUUUCCUCAUCAGCUGUAAUCAUAGGACUGGUAGCAUCAACUAGAAACAUAUUGUGGAAAGUAGGUGACACAACAGAAAAGCUCGAUAAGCGGAUCAGUGAGUUGGUAAACCACCAAAUAGAACUACCACCUGUAUUUCAGAAAAUAGCCGAUGGAGUAGAGUUAGCAGCGGAUAAUAUAUGGAUAAUCAUUGUAUGUGCAGCAGUAGUUUUACUAUACAAAUACAGCUAA